AUGUCAAACAUCAAUCUCGACUCUAAGAUUGAAAAGGCAAACAAAGUAAUUUAUGAAGCCUUUAGAAGAUACGGCAAUAGGCUCUCAUUCUGCUACAAUGGAGGAAAGGAUUCAAUUGUUUUAUUAGAUUUAGUUCUCAGAUGCGCACAGAAGAUGAAUGUCAACAUCAAGCCAUUCUAUUUGGAAGUUGAUGACGAGUUUGAUGAGAUCGUUGAUUUUAUUUCCUUUUCCGAAAAGUAUUACGGAAUUAAUCUUAUCAGAUUACAAGCAGAUAACUUAAAAGAUGGUCUUGAAAAGUUGGUUAAUCAAUACCAGAUCAACUCUGUUUUCUUGGGUGUAAGAGGAGAUGAUAUUCCGAAUAUCAAAAUGAAGCAUUUUGAACCAACAACAAAUGGCUGGCCAGAAGCUGAAAGAGUUAUGCCAAUACUAGAAUGGACAUACAGUGAUAUUUGGGAUUAUAUUGAUAGAUUUAACGUUCCUUACUGCACUUUAUAUAAUUUUGGAUAUACUUCAAUAGGACCCAAAUCGUUGACAAUUCCAAAUCCAAAAUUAUAUGAUCCAGAGAAGAAUGUCUAUCUUCAUGCAAGAUAUUUGACAGAUCCUUCUUACGAAAGACUAGGACGCACUAAUAGAAAUCAUUAA